ACUUUCUCAUAAGUCAUAAUUAAGACAUAUGAUCUAUCCUAAAUUGCUGCCCGCUAUUCAAGCCAGGAAUGUUCUUUCCUAAACGAAAUUGCCUUGUUUUGUUUAAAAGACUUCUAGUGGCGGUUGUUUUAGCCUGUUGUUGUUACUUUUUAUCAAACAUUUUGUGUCUUUAUGGAGACUGCUUUAUUUCUGAGCUGGAAACGAAGGCUUUGGCCUCACUUAGUGAUGUUGUUUUACAAGCUAAUGAAUUACCAAGUGCUGUUGACAGAAAUGAUCAAAUUAUUGCUUCUACAUCUGAUGUCGUUGAUAACAAAGUAGUAAUAAACCCAAAAAAGAAAGAACUUGAUGUAAACAAGAAAAUGAAGUCACUUCAUCUGACAUCUCUGGAUUUCUGUCCAAAAGAGAAUUAUUACAGCAAUAAAACAUCGAUUGUUGGACUGGAUUUAUUGGGGCGUAAAACUAAAAGAUUUUUAGCAGUUGGUAUUCCAAGCAUUAGACGAAAAACAAGAUCUUACCUAAAGAAGACAAUAAAAAGUGUAAUGAAUGCUGUCAAAGGGAAUGAGGAAGGCAAUAUCACUGUUGUUGUGUUUCUUGCUGAUUUUAACUCAGAUUUUAAACAAAAACAACUGUCAGAUAUAACUAUGAUGUUCAAGAAAUAUAUCACAUCUGGAGCACUUCAAGUCAUUCAAGCUCCAAGAGAUUAUUAUAUUCCACUGAAUGAUCUUCAUCGAAAUCUAGGUGACCACAUGGACCGAGUUCUGUGGAGAUCAAAGCAAUCUUUAGAUUAUGUCUACCUCAUGUGUUAUUGCAGUUACAUCUCCCAUUACUAUCUUCAGCUUGAAGAUGAUGUCAUUGCUAGUCCACGGUUUCUUUCUAAGAUUUCUGACUAUGUUGAUUCUCAGAAACAUGAAUGGAUUUCUUUGAAUGUUGCCCAACUUGGCUACAUUGGUAAACUAUACCCAACAAGAGAGGUUUCAAAUUUAGCAUCGUAUCUCAGACUCUUUUUUAAUGAAAUGCCUGUUGAUUGGUUAGAACCAAGAUGGAAAAAAUAUCGAGGACAGGACCCUGGAGAAACAAAGUGCAGAGCUGCUUCUCUAUUUCAACACAUUGGGCUUAUUUCUUCUUUUCGUCCAAAAGAAUCUCAAAGACCAAAUACUUUAAAAGAGAAAUUUUUUGAUCAAUUUGAUCAAAAGUACUCUGGAAAUAACCCCCCAGCAGAAAUCUUUUCUGAUCUUAUUCCUAUUCAUGGAAAACCAGAAGAUGCUUACACAAAAGGUGAUGGUUAUUUUCAUGCCCGUUUUGGUGGUGCAGGAAAAAAAAUAUAUAACAUGUUACUUAAGACGAAGAGAAAGCUCCAAAGAGUUGUGGUUGAAACUGGGGCUAAUUUUGCCGAACAUGAUGCUAUUGUAACUGGGACAUUGGAAAUCAGUGAGAUUAUUGCACAGCAAGGGAAGGUCUGUGAAGACUACGAGACCGUCGGUGAGUUCAGGUUUGGAAGAGUAGAUGUGACGUUGAACGGACGUAAAGUUCGAUGUAUACGUAUCAAUAUCGUCUAUCAAGGAAGGUGGAUUUAUUUUCGUGAGAUUGAUGUUUGGACGAGCUGAUGAGUACAUCCGUAUUACGUCCUCUCGUCGCUGCCACGGGAUCACCUGAGCAAAUAUGACUCUUCGUUAUCAAACCAAAGAGGCAACAAAGUCCUCAUCGACAUCCAGUCCCGAUUAUGAAAGAAGAUUGCAAAGAAGAGAAGAUGGUGGAAAUGAAACAAAUGAUUGAGGAAACUAGAUACUCUCAUAAACUCCUGGGUAGAUUAGUUUCAGGUGAUGCCUUGUCUUUGAGCGUGUUUUAUAAUAACUAUAACCAG